UAAAUUAUCCGCCGCCGCCUCCUCCUCCUCAAGCUCCCUCUUUACCCCCCACCCCCCUCCUUUUGCUUGCAUCGCCUUCUUUCAUCCACGGUAAGUAGCUUCGGCUUUCCCCUCUUGGCUGAUCCCCGGAUGGUCUUGUGAAAGUGCCUGGCCAGGCCCCAACUGUUUUUGCCUGGGGCAUUGCCUUCAUACAUUGAUUGAUUCCAAGCUUCUUUGUUUCCCCACCCCGCUUUUCCUCGUGUUGUCUUAGCUUUAUAUUCAUUCCCUGCCGGUCGUCUCGACAUUUCAUUCAAUCGGAGCAGCAUCUUCUUCAGCAGCAUUGACCAUUGAUCCUAGACACUGACAAUAACCAAUAGGUCUGGAGUGAACCCCGACUCCUCCCUCACCAUGGCUUCGACUACAACCACCACCACAACCCCAGCUGUUGCCGCCGCCGCCGCCGCCGCCAAAGAACCUCAGCCCGCCAUGGACUUCCUUCAUCACCCCUACACUCGUGCGGCGCUUCCCUUCGUCAAUGGUGGUCUUGCUGGCAUGACCGCCACCGUCGUCAUCCAGCCCAUUGACAUGAUCAAAGUCCGUCUGCAAUUAGCCGGCGAGGGUGUUCGCACCGGACCUCGUCCCUCGGCUUUUGGCGUCGCUCGCGACAUCAUCGCGUCGGGCAAGGUACUCGAUCUUUACACUGGUCUAUCUGCCGGACUCCUUCGUCAAGCCGUGUACACUACCGCCCGCCUGGGUUUCUUCGACACCUUCAGCAAAGCCCUCAACAAGCGCGCAGAGGCUGCUAACCGGAAGGUCACCUUUGCCGAACGCGCGGGGGCCGGGUUGACUGCUGGUGGUAUUGCAGCCAUGAUUGGCAACCCAGCCGAUUUGGCCCUGGUCCGUAUGCAAUCGGACGGCCUCAAGCCUCCCGCAGCGCGAGCCAACUACCGCUCCGCCCUAGACGCGCUUGUCCGCAUCUCCAAGUCGGAAGGUGUUCCAGCCCUGUGGGCCGGUGCCUUGCCGACAGUCGUGCGCGCGAUGGCCCUCAACGUCGGUCAAUUGACCUUCUUUGCGGAGUCCAAGGCUCAAUUGAAGGCCCACACCAAUUUGUCGGCCCAGAGCCAGACCUUUGCCGCCUCUGCGAUCGCCGGUUUCUUCGCCAGCUUCCUCUCGUUGCCAUUUGACUUUAUCAAGACUCGUCUGCAGAAGCAGCAGAAGGAUCCCUUGACCGGCAAGCUGCCGUACAAGGGCCUGCUGGACUGCGCGCGCAAGGUGGCGCAAGAGGAGGGCUGGUUGCGAUUCUACCGCGGCUUCGGCACCUACUAUGUGCGGAUCGCUCCUCAUGCGUUAGUUUCCCCACCCCCAAGACUUUCUUAUCGCGUAGUGCUGUCACUAACCCCGCGGAUCCACCAGCAUGGUUACACUGAUUGUCGCCGACUAUCUCAACCUCAUCACCAAGUAGUGUGUUCGAGGUGAUUUCCGAAGUGGUUUCUUAUUGAGUAUUUCCUUUUUCUUUUUUUUUUUUU